GCAGCAACAAUCAUCGAGCUUCAAUUCUAGCUUCAGCUACACACCUAUCGCACCCUCACCUUUUCAUACAUACUGUAUUUCGUUCAGACGAGAUCAACGCCACAAUUCACUUCAUCUUCGCCGCUGAUCUCUUGAACCCACAGCCACCGUCAUCAUGCCUUCUCUUCCCUUCAACAGCGCCUCUUCCUCUCCUUCAUCGUCACCUACGCUCUCGCCAAGCCCACCUGCGAUAGUGCUCCACUCGGCUUCGGGUCAGGCAUCAAAACGGGAGCUGUACAAGUCCAAUGAAGACAAGUCGGCAGCAUACCGCCAGCGUUACGCACAGUAUCUCGCCUCGACGUUCAACAUGAGCAUCGAGGCGGCUAGGGCCGAAGCUGACAUCCAGCUUGCGCCCCGCCGAUCAUCAGGCGUGUCAGAAUCUGAGAUGUUGAGAGACGGAUGGUGAUUAGUUGAGCAUUUACGACUGUUAUGACUGCGGCAUCUGCUUGGUG